AUGCCGCUGAUCCACACCAUCAUCAUCCCCCACCACCACAUGCUUGCCGGCGGCCACCCGCCAGGAGAACCCACCUUCGACGCUGCUGGCUACAACAGCGGCUCCGGCAUCUACCAGUGGAAGAGUGGGGCUCUCGGUCCAGGAUGGACAGGUCAAGAGACUCGGAUGGUUUGCAAGGAUGCUGAUAGGUGGCUCCGUCAGCAAGGCUGGACCAAGCCAGGAGAGCUCUCAGAGUGGGACCCCGGCUGCAGAGGAUACGAUACCUCCUACAACGAGUGGUACAACCUGGACGACAGCCCCUCCCCCUUCAAGUCCAUCUCCAAGCCUGUGGAUCCUGGCUCUGUCGACACCUGGCUCUCCAACGUCGGCGGAGGCAUCUAUUGA